AUGGCGAGCGAAACGCCCACAAACGCCGACUCCCAGGCAGCACCUACGGUGAACGGCCAGCCGCAGCCGUCUCAACAGCCAUCACAGCCGCCGCAGCAGCAACCGCCCGCCGAGCCUGCACCCAUCGUCGACGGCCCCAACCCGCCCGCCCCGACCGCGCCCACUGGCGCCGAGCCCCGGCUGGCGACGCGCAAGGACAUUUCGCUGCGCGAGUUCCUGCACAAGAUUGAUGACUAUGCCCCGAUUAUCCCCGACGCAGUCACGCACUACUACAUGACCAAGGCCGGCCUGCCGCCGCCCCCGCAGACCGACCCCCGGCUCGCGCGGCUCCUCGCCCUCGCGACGCAAAAGUUUGUCGCCGACGUCGCCGCCGACGCGUACCAGUACAGCCGCAUCCGCGGCGCGAGCAACACCAACAACCCGAUGGGCUCGCUCGGCGCCGCGGCCGGCUUCCCGAUCCCCGGGCAGCAGGCCGGCGGCCAGGCUGGCGGUAAGGACCAGAGCAAGGGCGGCGCGGGUGGCGCACCCCUGGGCAUCCAGCGGCCUGGUUAUGGUGGCGGCGGCCAGGGCGGCAGCCAGAACCGGACGGUGCUCACCAUGGAGGACCUGGGCAUGGCGGUUGGGGAGUACGGCGUCAACGUCAAGAGGGGAGAGUUUUACCGAUAA